CGCUUGACAGCCAACACUGCUCAAUACUAAGAUCAUAGCCGCUGUCAAGGAAGCGCGUGGAAAAGAAAAAAUCCGACACUAUGAUAGAGGUUGUCUAUAUUGUCCGGCAUGCGUUUCGGGCAAAUUGGUCGGUGGACCCUCAAACAGGUGUCUACACCGCGUCCAUGGCACGCACGCCAACCGGCAUACCCACCGACCCGCCACUGACGGCCAAAGGCGUUCAGCAGAGUAGGGAGCUGGCAAAUUAUCUCACCAAAGUCGAGCCUCCGGUGGACAGGAUCUACUCUAGCCCGUUUUAUCGCUGUUUGCAGACGCUGAAGCCAUUCAGCGACGCGUACUUCAACGAGGGGAAAGAGAACAGGGGUAAAAUUAGGGUCGACCGUGGAAUAGGGGAGUUCUUUGGACGCGCCCAUUUUGAACACCCAGAGCCGCCCAGUCUCGAGCUCCUGACUCCGCACUUUGGCAACUUAGAUGCCGAUUACGUUUCCGUGCACAUGGCGGGGUCCAGGGGCGAGUCGAUUGUGGAGCUACACCAACGUGUUAGAAAGGCGCUAGAGCAUAUUGUUACAACUCUUGAUAGUGAUCCGGAGCAGCCCAGGAGUGUUCUACUUUGCACUCACGCGGCUACUAUGAUUGCUGCUGGUAGGGUACUAACAGGUCGGAUGCCGGAGAAUCCCGAUGAAGACGACUUCAAGUGCUAUACGGCUGGUUUGUCUAGAUUCGUUCGGAGGUCAGCAGACCCCGAAAAGGGCAUCGCUGGGAACUGGGAGUGUGAGCUCAACUCUGAAACAUCCUUCUUGUCUGGUGGUGCCGAACGAGGUUGGCAUUUCGAUGGCGAAGAAAGUUUUGUCGAUUUCUCGGAUAAGGGUAUGAAUGGUGAGAGUGAAUCGAAAUUAUGAAGAGAUAGGGAUUGAGACAACUCUAUCUUGGCCAUAUUUCAAUACGUUAUUGAGAAGACGGCAGAAUUUGCAAUCAGGGAUAUACGAAAUAGAUCAAACUAUCAAUUCUAACAAUGUAUCCACUCAUCUCUCCGAG